CUGUAGCUAACCCUCCUGGGGGCAGCACAGCUCUGUAGUGCGAACGGUUUAUCUUCCAUUCUACGUCCAGGACUGGCUUCCAGGUAAAUCUUGCAGAGGUUGGCCUGGGGAUCGUCACCCCGAUACUGCACUAUGGGUGCUGUUUCAGCUUUCAGUAACAUGAGUAAUGAGACAGUGACCGCUGUCCAUGCGCCGCAUAUCUCCCUCACGAUGCAGGCUUUAAUAACCUUCAUCUAUGUGUUGGGAAUAUUGGGCAAUUCGGCGGCCUUGUGGUACAUUCUUCAUCCCAGGUCCAAGACAAGGAACCCGCGGUACUCACUGCUGCUGACUCUGCUGCUCUCCAACGACCUGACGGCAGUGGUGGGUAUGGGUAUCCAGAUGUACAUCGGCAUCUAUUACCCCUCGCUGGCCAGGACAAGAACGCUGUGCUUGGUCAGGGUCCUCUGGAGGGCCUUCGGGCUCGGAUCCGGCUGCAUAGUUUGUGUCAUGGCCGUCGAGCGCUUCUUCGCUCUAGCCAAGCCCUUCUACUAUAGCAAGCAUGUGACUGUGUCAAGGCUUCGAAGAGCAACUGUUACCCUUUGGUUAUUUAACUUAGCCAUUGUAAUCUUACCAAUUUUUGGAAUAGGUGCUUAUUACAAUAAAGAAAAGGGUUAUUGCAUCCGUUACAAAAAUGCUACUGAAACUAUUGACAUAAUUUAUGCAUACGUAUACAUGGGCUUUGGAGUACUUCUGUGCAUAUGUCUGCUGUUAUCUAACUUCUCUGUGGUGGCCACCCUGACGCUUAGGAAGCGUAGUGGAGCUAGUAAACCACACGUCUUAGUGCGAAGGCAUUCUCGCAACAAAGAUCUAGAAGCUACAUCAACUGCAGAAGAAACAGCCUUCGCAAGAGUUAUGAUUUAUAUCAGUCUCUCCUUCUUGUGCUCUUGGCUGCCACAACUGGCAAGUGUUCCAGUAGCACAACUCAUAAAAUCUGACUCUUGUAAGAAGUACUUCAGGAUUGCUGACAUGAUAUUAGCAAUACAUUUUAUAAUAGACCCUUAUAUUUACAUUCUUCAAAAAUUUAUUGUUUUUAAGCCUUCAGAAUGGUGUCGUAAACCCAAUUCUAGAACGAGCUCUGUAAAAACAUCAAAUGAGUUAUGUUCAUUGUAAAAAAUUGUGAAUUUUAACAUUGUAAGGGUUGAGAGUUGUCAAUGUCGACUAAAUCAACUACGAUUUUUAAAAACAGUAUUCAGUUUUCAGACUGAAAGUAGUUAUUGCUGAUAUAGAGUUCUGUUUUUUGGUUUUCAGUGAAUUAAUAUUUUACUGAAAUGAUGUUGAGAAAGAAGUUUCAAUAAGAAAUAUGAAGUAAAGAUCUUAUAUUUAUUCUAUUAUAAUAGUUGAAGCAAACAACAUAGAAACUGUAAGAAGACGUAAUGCACAUGAGUUAUGUAUUGUUGUUGAACCAUUGAUGUAAUAAGUAACUAUUUUUUUUUUUUAUAUCAAUGUUCAAUUAUACCUUCAUUUAUUAAAAAAAUAUAGUUAUAGUUAUUAAUUAUUUUAUUUAUAAAGUUCAAUUAUUUGGUAUAAAAUUAUUUUUGUUAUAUUGGAAUUUAUUUCGGGUCAAACUUUAAUAUGAUAAGUUUUGUGAUCAGUCAGUCAUAUCACAAUAAGAUAUGGUAGAUGGCCAGUAAUACAAAUAAUUUUUCUGUUUCUUCAAGAGCACAUUUACAAACAAGAGUAAUACCUCAUUGAAUAGCCUCUGAGUCUUCUUCGUCAAGUCCUCAAAAGAAUUAACUUUAGCAUUUUAAGAUUUGACUUAACAAGCUCAAAUUAAAUCUCUUGAGUACUUGAAGAAGAAGCCCCUGAGAAUAGUCAUUGAGGGAUUACUCCUGCGUCUAGAUGCGUAAAUGAAGAAAAAGAAAAAUUAUUCAUAGCAUUGUUCAUCACCAUGACUUGUGGGUCAGCUCAGAACUGACCACAAACUAUAUAUUUUUUAAGUUUAUCACAAAACACAUUGAAUUAUAAUAAAAUUAUUAUGAAAAAAAUUACAAAACAAAUUAUUGAAAGAUAGAAACCAAAAGAAAUUUGUUUAUUUUUUAAUGACCGAAAGUAUACUUGAACACUAUACGAUAUAGAAAAAAAAGUAAUGUUAAGUAAAAUAAUACAUAAACCAUGUUCAUAAUUUAUUCUUAUAAUCCUAUGUUAUUAUCUACAAAAAUAAUUUUUAGAUAUAGAUGUAAUAAAUGUGUACUCUCAGGAAUUAACAUAGUAUGUAAAUAAUGGCAUUGCUAAGGAAAUUGCUUAUAACAAAAAAUGUCACACACAUGAUAAUUAAAUAUCAAAAUGCUGGAUACAAUCAAAGUGCUUAUUUUAAUUAUUACAGAUGCAAAUGCUUUGUGUUCAAUCUUAAGGCAGUUUCAUAUCAUUAAUGUUAGACUUUUAUAGCUAAAAUAAAAAAGUUUUCCAUGAGGUCAAAAACAGUUCUUUUUUAAAUAGACAAUUUUUGAGAAAAAUAUACAGCAUAUAGAUAAUUGUGGUCUGCAAUAAGCAUUCAAAAUUUUUCUUGUUUGGUAGUAAAUUAAAUAACUAUUUAAAGUAUAGAAUAACAGCAUAUCUUGUUCCCUCCCCAUGUACUAACUUGCCUUCCAAAGAAAAAGUUGUUUUACGCAACUUUAAUUUUUAAAGAAACAUCAAGUCAUUCGUUUAAAAUAUUUUGCCUCAGAAAAUAAAUAAUAUAAGAAACAGAAUUUGUCAAUAUUGACUAUUAUUUUCUCUAUUAUCUGCUAUUUUCAUAACAUUAUAUUAUUGUAAUGAUUUUAUGGAAUACUUACUUUAGGAACCAAUAUGUGAUGUGUCACCAUUUCUAGCAGAGAUUAAG